AUGCUGAUCCCUAUCAAUAGGAAUACACACGAUCCGUUUUACAGGUACAAAAUGCCUCAGCUCAUAACAAAACAGCAGGGAAAAUCAAAGAAUGUUAAAACUGUACUCGUAAACAUCGGGCAAAUAAGUAAUGCUCUCAAAAGGAAAGAGGUGCUACUACAGCAAUUUAUACUGUACGAGUUAUCGGUGAACAGCAUGGCAAAGGACAGCAUGUUCAUGCUAAAGGGAGAUUACGCAGCAUCGGAGAUACAGGACAUAGUUUAUGAAUUUAUUGGGUUGUUGGUUCAAUGUAAGGAAUGUGAUAAUCCGGAGACUGAAAUGGGAGUAGAGGGCGAUGAAGUGUCUCUGUGUUGCUAUGCGUGCGGAUGUAGAAGAGUGGUAGAGAGCAAUCAUAGGAUAAUGAACUACGUGAGGAAAAAUCCUGAGGUGGCGGAGUACAAGUGCUAUGGAGAGUAUGAUGAUAGGAAUGAGGGGGUGCAUGAUGAAGAUAAAUCCGUUCAAAAAGAUGAAGAUGCCCUUUCGCUUGAGCAUGACGUGUUGCAAAGUCUCAACGAGAAUUUUUCAUCGUUCUACAUGAGCCACCUUCCGUUAAAGCACAGAAUAAUUAAAGCGUCCUUUAACACUUUGAUAAAUGAUCGCGGAAGGCUGAACGUUUAUGAAAAGGUCUUCAGACAGGACGAGGAAGCCUUAACACUCUUUUUCGAGAAUCUGGAAGUAUACCUGGUAGAGAAUGACAAAAUCAAAGAAAUGAAAGUCAUCUUAGAUAGCCUACCGUUCUUGGAUGGGGCCGAUUUCAAUUAUUUCAAGAAAAAAAGCAAGGUGGUUGAUAAGAAAGCCAGCGUGCGGAUAAGAAAUACAUUGUUGAACUAUAUCAACUACAAAUAGAACGUUGAACAGGAACACGUAAUUAAAUGUUGAAGUAUGCACGCAAA